UGAUAAUUGGACGCACGUAUAAAAAGCACGGCAAUCGAUUGAGUGGCACACCGACAUCGGUCAUUGCACAACGAGCACGAUGGCGCGUCUGCUUGUCCUUGCUAUCGCCGUUGUGGCCAUCGCUGCCAGCGCCACAGCCUGGUUCCAUGCCGGAAAAAAGCAGAACCAGUUAAUUGUGACGUACAGCAUUUUACCGGACCCCUUCCACAAGAGGAGCUUCUUCGCCCUGCCCCGCACUCUGAAAGAGGCAAAUGCCGGCGUAGACUACUGGACCCCCACCGUUGAAAGGCCGAGAGACAACACGACGAUCUACUGCCGCGAAGGCGACUGGCGCGUGUGUUUGCUGUUUGACGUUCAGGGCAGCGUGGCGGGAAUUCGCCUGUCGGUUGACAGAGACGAGAUCCAAGCAUCCGGCCUCAACUUGGAGAGGGUACCGGAGUGGGCAGACAAAUGGAGCUCUCUGCGUCAUGGGAGCGUUUACUCUGCCACCGUGUACUUCCAGUCUUCAGAGGAGCUUGCUGCCGGUGGCCGCAGUCUCAAAAAGGAUGACCUCACCGCCCCUAACGGCAUUUACAUCCUGCAUACUGACAACGUCGGCUUUGAGACGGACCGCCUCCACGUUCCCACCCAGGAGUCCGAGGCUGCGUCGGCCGGAUUCACUGAGCAAUCCUGUUUCUUCGGCAUGGGCAAGCAUUACUUUCAAGGACUGAGCAAAGACAGCAAGUGCGAAGACCACCGCCCCUACUUCUUGCUCUACGGCCCGAAAACCAAGGAGCUCAACGGAUUCGGUUUUGUCCAGUACGGCAAUGCCACCACGAACGGUCGCGGGUGGUUCGAGCAUCCCUCAGCGAAGGUGGCCAAG